AUGGGCAGCGCUUCGAAGAAACCCGCGAUAGGCAAUAACAUCUUGAUAACGGUCGAGUACGCUACGGGAUACGUUGUCCCGAAAUGGGACGAUAGGAUGCGCAUCAUGAUCAUCGUGAGCUCUUGCGGUACUCUGCUGGGUCAAAGCCUGACCAAGACUGCCUUUGCUGUGACACUGCUCAAGCUCACAAGAGGGUUCUCACACCGAAAGGCGUGUCAUGCCGUCUUGUGGUUCUGCAUCGUGUCGAUGCUCUCCUACAAUCUAGCCAAGAUUGUAGUAGAAUGGGGAAAAGUUUCUGGGAAAGACGUGUAUGAUGUCUGGUAUCGACUAGACUUCUAUCUUGAUUCGUCUGUACGCAAAAAGUUCAAGGAGGUUGGAAAUUAUUACAACAUCCUUAUGGACUUUGUGUUUGCGUUGUUCCCAUGGAUCCUGACUUGGAAUAUGGACAUGAAAAGGAAAGAAAAAAUAGGGCUCUGUCUUACAAUGAGUCUCGGCAUGGUCGUGGCGAUUCAGUCGACCAUUCGAAACGAGUGGAAGUACAGUGGCAAUGAUAAGGACCGGCUGUACUUCUGGAGGUUGGCAAUGAGCAACAUCUGGUAUAAUUCGGAGAUCACAGGCACUAUCAUUGUGCAAUGCGUGCCUGUGCUGCGUCCAUUGGUCCAGGAUCUAUAUGGAGCGCGUCGCGAACGCGUCAAGUGGGGGACUUUCUUGCACGCUCCUCCAUCAAUACCGCAAUACCACAAUACCACGAUCACGUACGCCGCCGCCAAGAUGAACAUGUCCACCAUGUCUAGAGGUCGCCCUUCGACGACGCAGGCAACGCAAGGACGCAGCACAGCUGGACCAGAAUAUGAGCCGCCGAAGUUUCCACUGAACCCCGCCGCACAGCGAGCAUUGGCGCAGCUGUCGCGUUCGGCAAACCUGACGAAGCUCAGCAAGAGCCUGGCGGAGGCGCAGACGCAGCUCACAGAUACGGCUGUUCAAAUGAAUGACCGUGUUACCAAUGCAACGGCGAGCGCGAAGCGUUCACGGGAGAAGCGGCAGCGAGAGCACGAAGGACAGGACGAGGAGCAAACGGCGCUGGAGCGGAAUCUGGCGCAAUUCCAGGCCAAAGUCGACGGUAUGACACAGCGGAUGGAGGAGAGCAUGCGCAAGUUAGUGGACCACCAGCACGGUGUCGAGGCCAUCAAGCAGUCGCUGGCCAAGGCUGAGCAACAUGCACACAACACGGCCAGCACACAAGCCAGUACACAGAAUGCCCGCACUCAACGAAGGACCCGGCGGACCAAUGGUGAGGAUGGUGAGGACGAUGGAGAGGCGGAAGAGGAGGCUUCUGCAGGAGAGGAGGAAUACCCAGACUUCACGCCUACCGACCCUGCUGGUGGCACUCCAGGACAACGCGCUCCUGUCGAAGUGUUCCGCACCAAUCUCAAAGACGCUAAGCUACGCUAUGAGGCAAUGAGCCAAGCCGAGAGAUACUCAGAAGUUGAGGCAUACUACAACUUCCGCGAAGUGGUUCAUGACGCAGUGCACCAAGACAAGGAAGACGUUCCGCCACAGGACAAGAGCAAAUGGUUCAGUGAAGGUGGUGUAGCAGCGCCUGGAAUCACAAAUCGCAAUGUAGACGCAGAGAACGGGGAAGAGGACGAUGAUCUCGCUAUCAGCAAGGCCACGAUCAGCACCAAGUGUCUCCUUACAUUGCGGGAGUUUGUCUACCCAUACACGUCGAAAAAGUGUCCACACAGCUUCGAGAAGGAUGCCAUACUUGGUAUGAUAGACGCCUCCGCGAGACGCACUGUUCCCGGCCCUGGACAGCGGCAUGGCGAGAAGUGCGUAAUCUGUCCGGUGGGAGGAUGUCAGGAGCAACUCACCAAAAACGAUUUGGGCGUGGACAAGGUGAUUGUCCGCAAGAUUGAGAGACUGCAGCGCAGCAGGGAAUUGCAAGAGCAGGAAGAGGACGACGACAGCGAUACAGGCCAUGGUGCCACGCAAAAUCGCGCCCUCUCGAUUGAUGAUGAUGCUGAGGAUGACGAUACAAAGGAUGCUGCUGCUGUGAGACCCAAGCCAGAGCCGCAUCCCACUGGAGCUUCAAGCCGGGCACCUCCCUCUACAGCUCCUCGUCCAACUCAGGUCAUUGAUCUGAGCGACGAAGAGGAUGAUGAGGAAGGAGACGUGGAAGACUCAAUGGUGGAGUAA